UCUAAUUUCUCUCUCUCUUUUUUUUUCCACACAGACCUAGCCACAGUCAGGAAUCAGGGAUGAAAAAUUUCACAGCAAUAACAACAUUCAUCCUAGUGGGACUUACAGAUGACCCAAAUCUACAGAUUCUGCUUUUCAUCUUUUUGUUUCUAACCUACCUGUUGAGUGUUGUUGGGAACCUGACCAUCAUCACUCUCACCUUGGUAGAUUCCCAUCUCAAAACACCCAUGUAUUUUUUCCUCCAGAAUUUCUCCAUCUUGGAAGUGUCCCUCACAACAGUCUGCAUUCCCAGAUUCCUCUACACAAUGGCAUCAGGGGACAAUACUGUUACCUACAAUGCAUGCACCACUCAAUUAUUUUUUGUUAUCGUGCUGGGUGUGACCGAGUUUUUUCUCCUGAGUGCCAUGUCCUAUGACCGCUACGUGGCCAUCGGCAAACUGCAUUACACCACCAUCAUGUGCAGCACAGCCUGCAUCAGGUUCCUUCUUGGCUGCUACGUGAUUGCUCUGAUCAUCGUUCUCCCGCCCUAUAUAAUGGGCUUGGACCUCGAGUUUUGUGACUCGAAUGUCAUCGAUCACUUUGGCUGUGAUGCUGCUCCCAUCCUGAAGAUUACUUGCUCAGACACAGCCUUCAUAGAGCGAUUUGUCUUGGUCCUGGCUGUGCUGACCCUCCUGUUCACCUUGGUGUGUGUAAUUCUGUCCUACACCUACAUCAUCAGGACCAUUCUCAGAUUUCCUUCUGCCCAGCAAAGGAAAAAGGCUUUUUCUACCUGUUCUUCCCAUGUAAUUGUGGUUUCUAUCACUUAUGGAAGCUGCAUUUUCAUCUAUAUCAAACCACACGCAAAAGAAGGGGUUGCCAUGAAUAAGAUGGUGUCAGUACUGACAACGUCAGUUGCCCCUGUAAUGAAUCCCUUCAUUUAUACUCUGAGGAACAAGCAAGUGGUACAAGCUUUCAAAGAUCAAAAGCAUUGCAGCUGUGGCAAAGAACUAAAGGACUACUGAGUUCAGAAUGACACAUUGUAAAUAAAUUCCCUAGCUCUAUUUUAUUUUUCGCUCUUGGUAUGUUAGUCAUGGUUUUAUAUAUCACAACCCCAUUCUGUUACAUUUAGUGCCUACUAUUAGUACAUGUAUUAAUAAUCCUUUUUUGCUCAAUCUAGUCCCAGAAAUACAUGGCCAAAGCUUUGCUGUAAAUAUUUAAAACAAUAUGCCUAUUACUAGUUAUAGAACCAGGAAUUGUAAGCAGCAUCAUUUACCAUUAUAUUGCUGCUCAGCUAUUCCUCUUUUACUGGCUGGUAUGUCCUGAUUUGAGUCCCAAAUCUCCCAGGAACAUCAGGGAUGAUGGUUUCAUGGGUGUGUGUAUAUGUCCAAACUCAUCAAAUUGUAUACCUUAAAUCCAUACAUUUUUGUAUAUCAAUUAUACUUUAAUAAAGCUGCUUUUUUAAGGAAAAUUAUUUUUGAAGUCAAAUGCACAGAUUUAUUUCAUUCUAGAUGUGUUUUGUGUUUCCUUCUAGGAUGCUUUCUGUCAUUCACCUGCUUGCUGGCCACUUUGAUAUUGAUGACUGUAUUUCUAGAAAACAUAGUGUGGUGAUUAACCGUAACACCUCAAUGCAUUCUCCUUAAUAGACAAACCUGAACCUAAAAAAAUGUGAAGAGAAAAAUCAUAAAGUUUCUAGAUGAAAAUUAGCAGAGUAUUUCCAUGAUCUUGGAAUGAAGAAUAUUUCUUAAACUAAAAACAGAAAGCAUUAAUCAUUAAUCAAAAAAAGACUGGGAAAUUGAACUGCUUUACAAUUAGGAAGGUUCUUUUCACCAAGAAACAUUAGAGAGUUCCCAUUGUGGUUCAGUGGGUUAAGGACCCAACGUUGUCUCUGUAAGGAUGAGGGUUCAAUCCCUGGCCUCUCUCAGUGGAUUACAGAUUUGCCCUUGCUGCUGCACAGAUUGCAGAUUCAGCUCAGAUUUGAUGUUGCUAUGGUUGUGGCAUAGGCCUUCUGCUGCAGCUCUGAUUGGACCCUUGGCCCAGGAAUUUCCAUAUGCCACAGGAGCUGCUGUAAAAAGAAAAGAAGAGAAAAGAAAUGAGAAAAGAAAAGGAAGGAAAAGAAAGAGUAGAGUGAAAAACAGAUAUAUAUGAAUCUAGAAGAGCUAAAGAUAAAGGCUGGAGUAUAAAUUUUCCCUAGUUUUUUUAUGUUUACUAUAAAAGGCCAUAGAUUUUUUUUAUGUUUCCUAUAAAAGGCUAUAGAUUUUUUUUAUGUUUCCUAUAAAAGGCCAAGACUCUUCACCUGUCUUAAGAACUGGGUUUAUAGCCAUUUAUCUGGUUAAUUGCUCUGGUCCAAAAAGGUAAUAAUUUUUUGAUUAUCUCCCCUAGAGAGUCAGAUGUUACAGCCAAAAGCAAGGUCCCAAGAUUGGUCCCAAGGUGCCAUGAAAACUAGGACUGUCUCCCUAAUUAUUCACAAACCAAGGAAGAAUGAAACUCAGGAACUUGGAAACAUCUCUACAUUGUAAAAUCUAAGACUUGCAUGGGUCUACCUCUUGGAGAUAUUUUAUUUACCUCCCAAGUGCCUGAAGGAAAGAGAAGACCCUUUCUGGAAGGGAGAGGACAGUUGCCUCCUUUCCCCUUAUAAGAAAAGAAUCAUUUUUCCUCAUCCUUUGCCGAUGGAUGUACGGCUCCUCACACAGGAUGUCUGGCUUGGCUGUCAUCAUGUUGCCCAGUGAUAAGACCUAAGGUGAGGGGAUCCAAUAUAUUUUUUAUUUAUUGAGAGGUAAUUAAUAAGUCAUCUGUCUCUGAUCUAGAGAACUCCAUGGGUAUAUUCAGGAUAAAAAUGAAUAAAGAUAAAUAUUAAACACCCAACAAUAGAAUAGUAUUAGAGUUUUAAUACCAUAGUUUCAAUUUAAAGUUAGUGUAUUUUGUAUCAAUGACAUAUCUAUAUACCAAAACAAACCAGUAGAAUAUGAAACUGCAAAAGAGAUACCAUUUAAAAAUGAACUAGUUAUGAAUAAAUAUACACAAGAUUUCUUGGAGAAAAAUAUAAAUUUUUAUUUGGAGAUUUUUUGGCCAUGCCCAUGACAUGCGGAAG